CAGCAGUAUGCAGCAGUGAGAGCACAUUAUCACUCGAUCUUAAAUACAUUUGCAGAACCCCGAGUUUCAAUUCAUUAUGGAGACGAAGAAAUUUUUCAGCACCAUUUUCAUCCUGCUUGCUGUGUCAGUUCAGGGUGUCAUGCUGAAUGAUGGUGUCCAUGAGGAAGGAAGAGAAGGCAAUUCUGCGGUCAUCAGAUGUUCUUAUGCUGAACAAUAUAAAACCUCUCCAAAAUAUUUCUGUAAAAAAAACCAUGAACACUGUGAGACUCUUCUAAAAACUGAUGGUCAGAAUGACUGGAAGCUGGAAGGAAGACUGACUCUGUUUGACAACAAAGAGAAAAAUGUGUUUGUGGUGAACAUCGGUAACCUGAGUGUCCAGGAUGCAGGACGAUACGGCUGUGGAGUCGAAACAACAGGACAAGACCUGAUUACUGUAGUCCACCUGACUGUGAUGAAAGAAAGGACCGUUUCAGAAGCAACAUACAGAUCAGGAAGUGUGACAGCGAGCACAGGAAGUUCUACUCAGCCCACAGCAUCGCAGUCACUAUCAGAUUUUACAGGCAUCUUUUAUUAUAUUGGAGGGGCUUUUGGUGCAGUACUGCUGGUGUUGUCAGUCACUUUCUGUGUCUUUAAAUGCAGAGUAAUUCAGAGCAGUGCAGGCACAACUUGGCCCAAUUCAGUGGAGGACAUGAAGGAUGUCUGUGUAUAUGAGGAUAUACAGCAGAGCAAUCCUGCAGAAGAGGAAGCCUCAGAAACCCCAGACAUAAUGUUCAGUCCUAACUCUUAUUCAGCGUGCAAGUCAAUAUACGCCAAAUUAACCAAACCAAAGCAAGUGUCCUGUAGUAUAAGACUGGACACUGACCCCAACGAGAAUCUCACAGAACCAAAAUACUAUAUGUUUGAAGAAUUUCCAGAUGCUGGAGAUUUCAGUCAUUCUAGGGGAUACAAUGACACAUAUUCAACUGUACCCAGAGCUAUUAAUAACUCAAGUCCAGUCUACUCAGUAAUCGUCUUUUCCAAAACUGCCAUUAGUUCUGAUUACACAAAUGUGGUGCCACCAAAACAUGAUGAUAAAAUCUCUACAUGAUUGAUUUGUUUCUAGUGUAGGGACAGAGUGCUGGAAAGAGGUGAUUCCAGACACUGAUCAAUACUGGGGCAUAGGCUAUGUACACGGUAUUUAUGUAUGUAUGCAUUUAUUUGCUAAAAACUAGACUUUUUAUGAACUAACUAACUAACUAGCCCCCUAAAUAAACAAAUUGCCUCAAAAGCAUUCACUGAUGUGAGUAAAUCACAUAAUUUGUAGCUGUAUGCCAAAAUAGAAGAGAUAAGCCAGCCUUCUUUUAGCAGUUAACAAGCUAGCAUUAUUGUUUAAAUCUGCACCAAGUAAAUGUGUUAUUUGUUAUUUAUUUAUAGUUAUUCAACUAAAUAGCUAUUUACACCACUACUUAUUAACAAAGUGAGAAGUGUCUGAUUGCUAGAUACCUCAGAUCUCCUCAGUCCAACAUUUACGGCUUUUCACAGAUGCCCUUAUCCACAGCAACUUACAUUUUUACCUCAUUUUAUACAACUGAGCAAU